ACGGCGGGGGAAGGAGAUGAAAGAGCAUUUUAAGAAUAGCGGAGAGAAACAAGAAAAAAAAAAGAGAGAGAGAGAGAGAAGAAAAAAAAUUAAAAAUUUCAUACAGUAUACUAGAAAGAGCGGAAAUAAAAAAUGUGAUAGUAGAAAAUGGAUAGCUAUAAGACAGAUGAGGUAAGUAAGAAUAAGAGGAUAAAAGUCGGGAAGGAUCGAUGACAUAGUAGUUCUCCUAACUUCGCACCUGCACUCUCAACUCGACUCGACCUGACCCGACCCGACUCGUCUCGUCUCGACCUCGGAUCAUAAUCGUGCAAUUUUGACUUUAUACCCUUUCCCUCCCUCCAUUGCUCUCACUCGAAUCCUGUCCAACCACACCUGAACCCAUCCCUCGUUUAUUCACUCCCGAUCUCGCUCGGCUCAACUCGUGCCACCCCGGGUACUAAUACUACUAUAAUACUACCGAGACCUACUCCCAGAGCAUUUCCUGAACUAUAUACCCCGGACUUUUGGACUUUUCUUACAUACACACACUCAGCAUUGGCAUCAUCAUCGUCGUCGUCAUCGCCAUCAUCCUCACCACUACUACCCCUCAGCAAGGUGUAACAAAGUGAGGACCACGAGGAUCAACCAACCGAACAGCGAACAACAAGAAACGAACAACGAACAACAGCCGGUCAGGUCACUAUUAGUCCCUCCUGCAAUGCUUACGCGGCAAGAGGCCGAGCUGGUCAACGAGACCAUCCCAGCUCUGCGACAACAUGGCGAGCACAUCUCGACUGUCUUCUACAAGAGCAUGCUGCGUGAUCACCCCCAACUCAACCACUACUUCAACAGCGUCAACAUGCACACUGGCCGACAGCCCCGAGCUUUGACAGCCCUCAUCUUGGCCUUUGCUUCCAACAUUGUGAACAUUAGCGAGCUGACCGAGAAGCUCGAGCGGGUUGCUCAGAAGCAUGCUUCGCUCAUCAUCCGUCCAGAGCACUACGAGAUCGUAGGCAAGUAUCUACUUCGCGCCUUCUCCGCCGUCCUCGGCCCUGCCAUGACUCCCGAGGUCAAUGCCGCCUGGACCAAAGCCUACUGGUUAAUGGCCAAGAUGCUCACUGGCCGCGAACAAAUCAUUUACAAGGAAUUCGGGUCAUGGACUAGCUGGCGCACCUUCAUCAUCUCCGCAAAGACGCCAGAGACGAACGAGGGUGACAUCGUUUCAUUCAACCUCAAGCCUGUCGAUGGUCAGCCAUUGCCGCCAUUUAACCCGGGCCUAUACGUAACGAUCCGCGUCAAGAUCAAGGGGCUCAAGUACUUCCAGCUUCGCCAAUACUCUCUUAGCGAUGCUCCGAACCCGGAGAGCUAUCGUAUUACCAUCAAGAGAGAUGUAGGCGCCGGCCCGGACACGCAGGCGGACCCGAGACAGUAUAGUGGAUUUGAGGAAGGUCCUCCACUCUCGUCUGCUGCGAGUAGUGCAUCAGAUAGCAGCAUUGGCAGUAUUCGUCCGCAUCGCCCGGGUCUUGUGUCCAAUGUGCUUAUCGAUGACUUCCAGGUCGGCGACACCCUCGAUCUAACCCAUCCCGUCGGCGAAUACUUCGUCGAUGCCAAUGACCCUAACACUAACCCUCUCAUCCUUAUCUCUGCUGGUGUCGGUUGCGCGCCGUUAUAUCCCAUGCUGAAGGUGGUGGCAGAGCAAGGGGUUGGUCGGCCAGUAUCUUGGAUCCAGGCUUCCCGUCAUGACGCUCCCUUCCGCGAGAAGGUGGAGAAGAUAGCACAAGCAUACCCCAACGUAAGAUGCAAAUUCUUCCGAUCGCGUCUCGCCGAUGGCGAUGUCAUAUCAUUAGCAUCUCGCUUCCAGGAAGACUUCAUAGGUCUGAAUUGGGAGGACCUGUGGCUAACCAACAACCUGGCCGAGUAUUACGUCUGCGGGCCUGAGAAAUUCAUGAGCGAAAUCGGCAACCACUUGCUCAAGAACCGGGUUGAGCCCGCGAGGAUCAAAUACGAGCUUUACAGCGUUGGAACUUUCGAGAUGAAGAGAUGAAUGCAUGACGAAACGACCAACACGAAAAAACACACACAAAAUGAAACAAUGAAACUUGAUAGAAAGUCAAAAGCAAUUAUAACCACGGUGUUAGGUCUAGAAGGCAACGGAUGGGAAAGGACAUAGAUCACAAACUCCAUUCAACAAACAGCUUAUUUUCUUUUUCCUUUUUUUCGCUUGGGACUAGGGAGCUUUUCAUGGGACGGGGAAAAAACGGUAUAGAUUGGGUGACGACGGCGGCGACGUCGGACAACCGGAGCCAAACCACCAACCAGUAGUAGGAGGCUUUUUUGCUCCAUCAUAUCAGCAUAUGGCUGUGUAGCAAUAUUAAAUAAUGCACAAUGAUUAUACUUUACAAUAUUUCGAAAAAUGGCGUGUUCUGAGAUAAGAACGUGAGGCUAUCUAAGAUCAUACC